UAGCUACCAAACAAUUGGGCAAUAAUGACCUCAGAAAAGUUCCGGGUUGUUGGUAUAAAAUGAGCAGUUUAAAGCAAAGGGAUUUAAGUCAGAAACAGGGAGUUCUACCAGAAGCAGCCGGCUUUUGAGCAGAAGAAACGAAGGAUUAUCAGAGCGAACAUGGUGGGCCAUAUCCACAGUGGAUUGGUCCUAUUACUGAUCCUCGGUUUGGGGAUGACGUCUUCUUACAUUAUUGAUGACCCAUACCCGUCCAACAAAGAAAUGGAAACACUGGAGGACAUGACAGAUGAGAUGACAAAGUUAGACGAAAUGAGCGCACAGGGCAUAGACAAAAAACGAGAACAACAGUUAGAAAAGCGAGACGCCAAGACAAUAGUUGAAGGGAAAGCUGACGCUCUUAGAAAAGGAUGCCAAGAUGAGGCCGAAAAAGAGUAUGAUGAAAAAAUGCUGGCGGAAAAAGAAGAAAGGAAGAAAAAUGCCCUACUUAAAUACUACAUAUCAUUACAGCAUGGGAAAAAAUCUGUCCAAGAAGGUGAAAAGUGGCUUCAGGCAAAACAAAGUGAAUCUACUACUGGUUGCCUUGUAAGAAAACUUUGUGAAGAUCAAGAAGUCCUUGCAGCACUUGGACUUUCUUCGAGUAGUGAAGAGAAGGACUGCGCAUUGGCCAUUUUUAGGUUAUUUGAAGGCGACGUACACCCUGAUGAAAACAUAAGGUGCAAUCCAAACGCUCGUUUCCGAACAGCCGACGGAACUUGUAACAAUUUGGUUAAUCCUAAACAAGGAGCAGCAGGUGAUCAAUUUCAGCGCCUGGUGGAAAAUGACUACGCAGAUGGCAUCUCGGAACCUCGCGUAGCAAAGGAUGGCUCAGAGUUACCGAACGCGAGGACAGUGAGUUUGGAAGUCCACGGAAGUAACGCAGACCGAACCAAUCCUGAUUCUAUGGUGCUCACCCACUUGACAAUGAACUGGGGACAGUUUAUGGAUCAUGACCUCACGCUAGCAGAGUUUCCGGGUAUUAACUGUGAACCUCCAACCAAAGACCCUGAGUGUGUCAACAUUGAAAUUCCAGAAAAUGAUGUCAUAUUUAGGUCUAAGGGUGUCUUUGAUAUUGAAAUGGAGCGAGACUCUCCUCACGUACCAGAAGAGCUUGGCAAACUUGCUCCACGAGAACACACCAACAGUAUUACAGCCUACAUUGAUGCAUCCAAUGUGUAUGGCUCAAGCGAGGAGGAGGAGGAUAAUCUUAGGGCCCCAGAUGGGUCAUUGAAAAUUAUGAAACCACCACACGGCUGCCCUCUGGGCGACCUAUUACCUGCAGCUUUCCCCGAAACGUUUUGCGAGUCUGUAGAUCCAAACACACCUUGCUUUUUGGCAGGAGACGAGCGCGUAAACGAAAAUCAAGGUCUCAUGUCAGUUCACACUCUGCUUGUUCGUGAGCACAAUCGAAUCGCAGCUUUCUUCGGUAAACGUACUCAGUGGAACCCAGAGCGAAUUUACCAAGAAGCAAGGAAAAUCGUUGGCGCGAUCCUACAAUACAUCACAUACAACGAAUUCCUGCCCUUAAUUUUGAGCCCCAGGACGAGAAGAGACUUUAAUCUGAAUCUGGAAAGAGGGACAAAUUAUUUUGAAGGCUAUAGCGAGGAUGUCAACGCCCAAAUGACCCAGGCCUUCUCAACGGCUGCAUACCGCUUUGGCCACAGUUUGGUGCAAGAAGAGUUCAGACGUUUUACUCAAGAUGGCUUUGAACACAAAUGUGACAAAAAUUCAAAGGCAGAGUACCUGCCUAUCCAAGUGAGGGAUUUUGGCAAUCCAAUUUUCCUUUAUGACAAGUGUAAUGGAGCAAUUGAUUCUAUUUUUAGAGGCCUGAUAAAAAUGCCUGCUGCAAAACUAGAUGGGCGUUUUUCCAGCGCGGUGCAAGAACACCUGUCGCGAGGUGAGGGCGAUAUCGCCGAUCUCAUUUCCCUCAACAACCAAAGAGGUCGUGAACAUGGUGUUCCUGGCUACACAGUGUAUCGUAACCUCCCUUUGUGCAACAUUGCACGAAAGGUAAAUAGUUUCGACGACCUUAAGAAAGCUGGCUUUGAUCCCAAGGACAUCAAAAACCUCAAAAAAGUGUACAAAGACGUCGAAGACAUCGAUCUUUUUACCGGAGCAAUGUUGGAACCUGAUUCCGUCAACGGAGGGCUCCUAGGGCCAACCGCUCAGUGUAUCAUAGCAGAACAGUUCAAUCGCCUUCGAGGGGGAGAUCGCUUUUGGCAUGAAAACGCACCAGAUUCAGAAAAGAAUACCGACAACACAGCGUUUACGCGAUGCCAACUUCGCGAAAUCAGAAGAGCUAGUGUGUCCAAGCUUAUCUGCGACAACAUGGACUUCAUCCCUGCAGUCCCGAGGUUUGGAUUCAUACAGUCCAAGACUCUUGUUGACUGUGAUAAGCUUCCAGAAAUGGACCUUGGAGUGUUCACAACACGCAUAUGCAAUAUCCCAGCCAGAAGUGAUAGCGUGAGUAAUGACAGCGAGAGUGGUGAUACCGAAGUGGAUGACUACCGCUUGAACGACGAGUUGUAAAGAUCACGCCGGUGGAACGAUGGAAACAGAAGAAAUAAAACCAUUUUUUUUUGCCAUGCGUUUCACAACACAUUCAUCACAUUCACUUCAUAAUUAAGAAGAAGCAAUUUUUGUGCUGGGUUGAAUACGUUUUCUGCGCGUGUUAGAUAGCUGUAAUUUUCGCGACAAUCGUAAUGUUGUUUGUCUAAUUUAAACUUUAGGAGAAGCUUUGAGAAGCCACUUUUUCAUAAAUAUCUACCUUACCAACUCCUCAUCAUAUUUAUUUCAAAUUGGUUGCGAUUUCGAUAUCUGACUUUAGAGUUUCCAAUUAGACGUUUCUUCUUUAAAAGGAGCGUUUGCUUGGCAAAAACAAUUUCUUUAAAACGUAUUCAACCAAAUGCACAUGAGAAGUAACAAUAAUUUUUAAGGCUGCUGCGUUCUUUUUUAUUACUAUUAUUUUCGCAAUAACUUUUUGGAACAAGUUCAAUUCAGUAACCGCCAGGGAAUGAGUACAUGGAUGCUUUGUAAUCAUGUUUGAAUACAUAAUAAAAUGAUGAAAAAUCUUUCA